AUGGCCAAGCCCGUGUCCAUCGCAGCUGCCGCUGCCGCUGGUGCUUACCUUUGCAGUGAGGCCUUUGUGCCAACUACGCAGCACGUGCAGCGCACCCAGGUCCCCUCCCACCUCCGGGGCACCACAAGCAGCAGCAGCACGGGCAUCAGCGGCAUUAGCGUGGCAGCAGUGUCCGCAAUUUGCGUGGCCGCGGGUGCCGUGCGGGGCCGCAAGACUACUGCAUGCAAGUCCUUUGAAAAUGAACUGGGGGCCACAUUGCCCUUCAAGUACUUCGACCCCCUGGGCAUGGCCAAGGAUGGAGACGAGGCUACCUUCCGUCGCCGUCGCAUCUCAGAGAUCAAGAAUGGCCGGGUUGCUAUGAUCGCAUGCAUGGGGUACAUUGCGCCGGAGUAUUUCAGAUGGCCUGGCUACUGCUCGCCUUCCACAGACUUGAAGUUCGCGGACAUCCCGAACGGCAUCCAGGCCUUGUACAAGAUGCCAGCGGAGGCUUGGGCCCAGAUCGGCGUGUUCAUCGCCUUCUUGGAACUCUUCCCCAUGAGGCAGGAGAAGGACGCCCUGCCGGGGGAUGCGCCCAACUUCGGGCGGUUGGGCGUGCCCUUUUUCUCUAGCAAGGCAGACCCAGAGAAGAACCGCCGCGGCCUCGAGGCAGAGAUCAACAACGGACGGCUGGCCAUGGUGGCGAUCACUGGCAUGAUUUCGCAGAACGCCUUCUUCGGCACCACCGGACCUGACAUGUGGCUGCCCGGCGCCUCUGCCUUCGAAGGUGAGCUCGGCGUGCAAGCGCCAGUUGGCUUUUGGGACCCAUUGGGGCUCUCCGCGGACGGCGACGUUGACGCCUUCAAGCGCCGUCGCGCUGUGGAGCUGAAGCACGGCCGCAUCUGCAUGCUCGCGUGCGUCGGCUACAUCGUGCCGGAGUACUUCCGCUGGCCUGGAUACCUGUCGCCGGAGAAGGGCCUGAAGUUUGCGGACAUGCCCCACGGCAUCGCUGCCGUCUCCAAGGUGCCCCUGGAGGGCUGGGUGCAGAUCGUGCUGUUCCUGGGCCACAUGGAGGGCUACUUCUGGCGCCAGGACCCCAAGCGCGCCCCGGGUGACUACGAAGGCUACGGCUUCCUGGGUGUCGGCAAAAACUUUAUCUUUAACUUCGAGCCCAUUGAGUUCAAGGAUGCCGAGGUGCGCAAGACAAAGCUGCGUGCGGAGAUUGCAAACGGGCGUUUGGCCAUGGUGGCUUUGAUGGCCAUGCUUUUCCAGAACGGCACCGUGGGCACCACCGGCCCUGCCAUGUGGCUGCCUUCCGCAUAG